AUGCGUACCUCAACAGUUGCGUGGGCUGCCGUUUCGGCCCUUUCUGCCUUGGUCUCGGCCGCCGACCUCGAGGCAUGGAAGUCGCGGGCCAUCUACCAGGUCAUGAUUGAUCGUUACGCCCACGAUGAUGGCUCUACCGACCACGAAUGCGAGCUUUACAAGUUCUGUGGCGGCACCUGGAAGGGCUUGAUGAACAACCUCGACUACAUCCAAGAUAUGGGUUUCACUGCCAUCCAGGUCAGCCCUAUCGUCCAGAACAUGGACGACGACACCGCCGUCGGUGAGGCCUACCACGGCUACUGGUCCCUCGACAACUACGCCACCAACGACAAGUUUGGCACCAAGGCCGACUUCGAGGCCCUCAUCACCGAGAUGCACAAGCGUGACAUGUACAUCAUGGUCGACGUUGUCGUCAACAACAUGGUUCAGAAGCUCGACAGCCUCCCGCCCAAGCUCGACUACUCCAAGUUCAACCCCUUCAACGACGAGAAGUAUUUUCAUUCCUACUGCAACGUGACCGAGUGGGACAACAGCACCGACUACCAGGACUGCUGGCUCUACCCCUACGGCGUUGCCCUCGCCGACUUGGCCACCGAGACCCAGCCCGUCUACAGCGAAUUCAACAAGUGGAUCAAGGAGCUCGUCUCCAACUACUCCAUUGAUGGCCUUCGUAUCGACGCCGCCAAGCACGUCAACGACGCCUUCCUGCCCACCUUCGUCAACGCCUCUGGAGUCUUCGCUUUCGGCGAGGUUCUGACGGGAGCUCCCGCGGACAUGUGCCGCUACCAGACCCUGAACCUGUUGCCUGGUAUGCCCAACUACAUUGAGUACUACCCUCUGAACUCAGUCUUCUUCGGCGGCGACAUGAACCAGCUCGCCGACUGGCGUAACCAGGCCCGUGACGCCUGCACCGACAUCUUUGCCCUCGGAUCCUUCGUCGAGAACCACGACAUGCCUCGUUUCGCCGUCCACGACGAAGACAUGGCCCUCGCCAAGAAUGCCAUGGCUUACAUCCUCUUGACUGACGGUAUCCCCACUGUCUACCAGGGCCAGGAGCAGCACUUUAACGGAAACUCUACCCCCUUCAACCGCGAGCCCCUCUGGCAGUCCAAGUACAACACCUCGGCGCCCCUCUACACUUUGACCUCGACCCUCCUCAAGACCCGCAACCAGCUGCAGAGCAUGAAUAAGAACUUCGCUACCACGGCUUCUGAGCAGCUCUUCGUUGAGGACACCCACCUGUGCCUGCGUAAGGGCCCCGAUGGCGCCCAGGUCGUCUUCUGCAUCACCAACAAGAGCUCCAAGGGCGACAGUUACCAGCUCAGCGUCGGCGGCUUCAACCCUGGCGACGAGGUUGUCGAGGUGCUUUCCUGCGCGACCAGCACCGCCGACGGCACUGGCAAUGUUACCUUGUACAUGUCCAAGGGUGAGCCCAAGGCCGUUGUCCCCGUGUCCGUACUUAACGGCACCCAGCUCUGCGCCAACGGCACCAAGACGGCCGGCAAGGACAGCAACAGCGCCGCGGGCGCCGUCGGCAGCAGCCUGACCCUGGUCCUGGCCUCCGUCAUGGCCAUUUCUUUUGCUCUCCUUGCAUAA